CGAAUUUCGAAAUUUCGAUUUCCUAGAACUGGUGUCUCGUCCCGGCAUCUCCUGAUAGGCAUCCUGACAUCUCAUUUCAUCGCCAUCUCAGCUUUCUCUUUCUCAUCAGCAGUUCUCAUUUGCUUCCUCAUUCCGUUUUUUACGCUGCACCUCGUUACCGGCGGGUGCUUCGUCCUCCUAGCGUUCCUCGCAGCCAUGGCGACUGUAACUGCACCGUCCGUGCAGCAGACGAUCGACCGUUUGAGACUGGAGACGGCGACGCUCGAUGAGAUCAGCGCCCAAGAACGGAGCGGAUUCUUGUCGCUUUUCGAGCGUUACUUGCAGGAGAAGGCGAAUGUGAUCCAGUGGGACAAGAUCAAGUCGCCCACGGACAAGGAGGUCGUUCCGUACGACGACCUUCCCGCCGUGCCUGAAGACCCCGCGGUGGUGAAGGCGCUGCUGAGCAAGCUGGCGGUGAUGAAGCUCAACGGCGGGCUCGGCACCACCAUGGGGUGCACCGGACCCAAGUCUGUGAUCGAGGUUCGGAAUGGACAGACAUUUCUGGACUUAAUCCUGAAGCAAAUCGAGACGCUGAACGCCAAGUACGGGUCGAGCGUGCCGCUGGUGCUGAUGGACUCGUUCAACACGCACGACGACACGCUCAAGAUUCUCGAGAAGUACACGGACUCGGCGGUGAAGAUCAAGUACUUCAACCAGAGCCAGUACCCGCGCGUGGUGGCGGACGACAACACGCCGUGGCCCGCCAAGGGGCGCAAGGACAAGGCGGCGUGGUACCCGCCCGGCCACGGCGACGUGUUCCCCGCGCUCUGCAACAGCGGCGUGCUGGACCAGCUGCUCGCCGAGGGCAUUGAGUACGUGUUCCUUGCCAACGCGGACAACCUCGGGGCGACCGUGGAUCUGCGCAUCCUCAACUUCAUCGUGCAAAACAACAACGAGUACUGCCUGGAGGUGACGCCCAAGACCCUGGCGGACGUGAAGGGCGGCACCAUCAUCAACUACGACGGCAAGCUGCAGCUCCUGGAGAUUGCCCAAGUGGCACCAGAGCAUGUGUCGGAGUUCAAGUCCAUCGACAAGUUCAAGAUCUUCAACACCAACAACAUAUGGCUGAACCUCGCGGCCAUCAAGCGCCUCGUGGAGUCGGACGCGCUCAAGCUCGACAUCAUCCCCAACCCCAAGGUGGUGGAUGGGGUGGAGGUGCUUCAGCUCGAGACUGCUGCUGGUGCCGCCAUGAAGUUCUUUGACCGGGCCAUCGGAGUGAACGUGCCUCGCUCGCGCUUCCUACCCGUCAAAGCCACCUCCGACCUCCUGCUCGUGCAGUCGGACCUGUACACAGUGCAGGAUGGGCUUGUCACACGCAACCCUGCCCGCACCAGCGCUACCAACCCCACCAUCGACCUCGGCCCCGAAUUCAAAAAGGUGGCGGACUUCCAGCGGCGGUUCAAGGCCAUCCCCAGCAUCAUAGAGCUCGACAGCCUCAAGGUGUCGGGAGACGUGUCCUUUGGAGAGAACGUCACGCUCAAGGGCAAGGUGGCGGUUGAGGCCCCCAAGGAUGACAAGAUCGUUGUGGCUGACGGCACUGUGCUGGAGGGAUAGGCAUGCAAAGGGGUUUAACCAGAAGUUGAUAUCUUGGGCUAUCAGCAAGGGAUUGCACAGCAUGAUUCAUUAGUGCAGUUGCAGAUCGCCUUGCAACACCUUCCAGAGCAUGAGGCGAUGUUUCUGCUGUCGACUGGUCUCCAAUGUAGAUAGCGAGGCCAUUCAUGCACUCCCUGGAAGAAGCUUCAGCAUUUGCCCGACUCAAUUGCAUGUUCAUCCCUUUGUUCCAACCAUUGCACCGGUAUGAACCACUGAUCGAACAAAGGGGGCAAAGUGGCCAUUUCAUUGUAAUACCAGGGAGUGUUUGUUCUUCCUUCUGAACACUU